UACUCGUAUGAAAGUUUGUUUAUGCCGUUAUAUUAUUCCAGUUAUAUGUUCUUUGAACGAAGUUUCAAGACUGGUUUAAUAUCUGGAGGUUAAGUUGUUGUUUGUAUAAGUGUUUUUCUCUGUCUUCCUAUGGUAGCGAACGGAAUACAACAUUCUACCCUGAUUGCACUGUUGGAGUAGAGCAGACUCAUUCUAGCUGUGAAGUAGAAGUAGCGCUGCGCACCAACCGCGUUUGCGCACAACGCCGCUUCCUAUGCCCAUUCCACAGCGGCGCACCAUGUCGACGAGCUCAGCGGCAGCGGCUGCGUCGUCGUCAGCACCAUCGCGAGCGACCAACACGGUCGUGCUGGAUUUGGGCGGAUAUACGGCCAAGAUUGGCUUGGCUAGCGACGCAGAGCCGCGCGUCCUGCCCAACUGCAUCUACAAGGCCAAGAGCGAGAAGAAGCGCCAGUUCAUCUCCAAUCAGAUCAGCGAGUGCAAAGACCAGCACCAGCUGUUCCAUAUGUAUCCCUUCAAUAACGGGUUCCUGACCAACUGGGAACUGGAGGAGCGAGUGUUGGAUUAUUUCUUCGGCUCGGAAGUGUUGAAUAUCGACACAACUCAGACGAAGCUCCUCAUCACGGAGCCCUACUUCAACUUUCAGACUCUGAAACGAUACUUCGCGGAGGCCAUUUUUGAAGAUUACGGGUUCGAAGCGGCGUUCAUCUGUCCGCCGGCCCACCUUGCCGCCUUCCAAUUCCGCCGCGACAACCCCCAGGAACCCACCUGCUUGGUGGUGGACUCUGGCCACUCCUUCACCCACAUCGUGCCCGUCAUCGACGGUCGCAUCAGCUGGGACAGCGUGAUCCGCGUCCCGGUGGGCGGGAAGAUCCUCACCAAUCACCUGAAGCAGCGCAUCACCUUCCAGCAGCUCAACGUCAUGGACGAGACGCACGUGAUCAACCAUCUGAAAGAGCUGACCUGCUUCGUCUCCACCGAUCUCACCCGCGAUUUCCAGCGGGCCCGCGACGCCUUCGACCAGCCGGAGACGGGUGCCGCUCGCACCUUCGUCCUCCCCGACUACAACGCCAUUUUCGAGGGAUUCUUAAAACCAGUCGAACAGACCUUCGACCGCCCCGGGGAGCACGAACAGAGCAUCCGUCUGACCGCCGAUCGCUUCGUCGUCCCAGAGAUCCUCUUCCGGCCGUCGGCGGUGGGCGACACGCGCAUGGGGGUGGGGGAAGCGGCGGUGGAGGCCAUUCGGCGGGCGCCGGAGGAUAAGCGGUUGUAUCUCUUCCGUAAUAUGGUGCUCACCGGGGGGAAUUGUCGGCUGCCGGGGUUUCGAGAACGGUUCAUGCAGGAGGUGGCCCCGGAAGUGCCGGAGUUCGGGGAAGCGGAGCUUAUGCCGGUUAAGGAUCCCAUCGCGGCGGCCUGGUUCGGGGGGAAGAGCAUGGUAGAAAGUGGGGUGUAUGAUAAACUGUGUGUGACGAAGGCAGAGUACAUGGAACACGGGGAGAAUGUCUGUGAGCGGAAGUUUGUUCGCAGUUGCCCGAAGAGACGGUCGAACGGGAAUUAAACCGGCGUUGUUUAAGUGUGUUGAACGGUCUGUGAUAGCGAUCGUUGUUGCAUUUACACGGUUUAGUCUACGCAGGGUACAUAAACCUCUGUUUUGGAUGUGCAAUACAGCGAACACUGCAGGUUUUUGUGUUUUCUGUACAAAAAUUUCCAAAUUUUGUUGUAUGUAUUUUUCCUAAUGUGCAUUAACUGUUGGCUAUGUGGCUUAUGUUUUCGUGCUUAUUAAGUAAACGCGGAUAACAGUAUAAUGAAUAAU